AUGGCUGCUCCAAGAGAAAUUGCUGUCAAAACAUGCCUUCUCUUGUGUUUAGCCUUGCUCGCGAUUGGAGCCAAAUCCACCCCUCUCAAUGGUGUCCGUCGUGGCCUUGUUGGUGAGACAAUUUUUGACGUUAUGAAGUAUGGGGCUAAAGCUGAUGGCAGGUUUGAUAAUGCCCAGGCUUUCAUCCAUGCCUGGAACGCAGCAUGCAAAUCAACUGGACCAGCCAAGGUUGUUAUUCCGAAGGGAGACUUUGUGGCUGGGAAUGUUAUUUUCCAGGGGCCGUGCAGUGCUACAAAACCCAUAACCAUUGAAAUCCUAGGAAAUGUAUUGGCAAGCACAGACCUUAGUGCUUACCCUUCAGGCUCAUGGAUCAAGCUUGACGAAAUCGAUGGCCUUGUAAUCACUGGGGGAGGAACAAUUAAUGGCCGGGGAAAAUCUUUGUGGCAGUUCGCUGGCAGCCAUAAUGAGGGCACUCUUCUCCCAGUUUCUCUUGUGUUUGAGAAGAUAAAAAACUCCGAAAUGCACGAUGUGAAUUUCGUAGACAGCAUGGGUUUCCAUUCUAAGGUCACCGACAGUGAAAACAUUAAAAUAUCGAAACUCAACAUAUCUGCCCCCGACGACAGCCCUAACACGGACGGCAUGCACAUAAGUAAUUCUAUUAAUGUCAAUGUCACUGACUCCAUUAUCGGAACCGGUGACGACUGUGUCUCCAUUGGUCAUGGCACCACCAACAUUCUCGUCUCCGGAAUUACUUGUGGCCCUGGACACGGCAUCAGUAUUGGUAGCCUCGGAAAGCGCCCAGCAGAAACAGAUGUGAAGGGAAUUAGUGUCAUCAACUGCACACUUAAAGGAACUACAAAUGGUGUAAGAAUCAAAACCUACCAUGCAUCUCCAUCAAUCCAAGCUUCCGACAUUCUUUACAAAGAUAUAAUAAUGGCUGAUGUUAAAAACCCCAUCAUCAUAGAUCAGCAUUACGACUCCAAGAAUAAACCCGAGCAAUCGAAGGUGAAGAUCAGCGACGUUCACUUCGUAAACAUAAAGGGAACAACAAUUUCAAAAAUUCCAGUUUCUCUCUACUGCAGCGAAGCAGUUCCUUGUGAAGGUGUUGAAUUGGCUGAUAUUGAUUUAGCCCCUUCUGGUGCCGUCGGUUCUCUUACAUCUGUUUGUGACAAUGCAAAAUUUGUGUUAAAAGGAAAACCUAUCCCUCCCGGUUGUGCAUGA